CUGUAAUAUUGCUAGCCCGGAUUGCUAGUGAACGCAGUGUACACACAUCCAAUAUCUAAUAAUGCUGCUGUGUUCGUCAGCAUCAUCGGUUAUCAAUAUGCCGUCAACAAUUACACAUUGGAUUCGCACCAUGCGGAUAUGCAAUUGUAUCAAGGUUUCCGUGUCCAUUUUACGUAACGUGUUGAAGAAACAAAAGAAACUGAUAUGUGCGUAUUUAUUAACAUUUGGCCUCAUACUUCCGUUGUUGUGCCAUCAUCUCCGAAACACGAGUUUGGAGUUUCUCUACAAUCGAAACCAGACGGCUGCUGCACAGGCAAUGAUCCGGGAAAACACAGCUCGCUUUGAGCAAUCCUUAAAGUCACUGCAAAGGUUUGAAGAUCGGAAAACAUUCUGUCAAACUCUUCCAUUCAUGUGUUCGAUGGACAGAACUAGACAAGGAACUGCUUUAUUUGCUUCUGACACAAAAAGCGAUGCGUUGAAAAAGCCUUCGCCUAUGGAUGACUCACUUGCACCAACCCAUGGUUUUCAUAGAGUACAACAGAAGCGAACUUAUAGCAGAGAUUAUUUUAAAGGAGGACUUGCAAUUUCUGUUGUCACAGUUGCCCGGACUUCCAAAUAUCAUAAUUACACAGGACACUAUCUACCACAGACUGUUGCUAGGUUACUGGAAAUAAUAUCGGUUUCUGAAGAACUAAUGGAGCGAACUCCAGUUCAUUUAAGCGUGUGUAAUGUGGACUUUAAGGCCAAUGCACAUUCGGAUAUAAAAUUACUGCCAGUAUGGAUUCCUGUUUCCCAGCGAUUCAAAAUCGAACCAAACAAGACGGAUCUUACACAAAAUGAGUUAAUAGAUAAGGAAAAGAACGAUUACGUAUUUUGUAUUAAUAAGUCUUUGGAGUUAAAUUUCUCAUACGUGAUGAUUGUUGAAGACGAUGCUUUAGCGAAUGCAAACCUGUUCGAUGUUUUAAAGAGAUUUUUCGUUUCAGAAAGGUUCGCAUACACUGACGAAAUCAUAUUUAAUCCGAUUAGCAAUUAUGCUUUUUUGAAACUGUAUCACCCAGAAAGGUUACUCGGCUAUUUUGGAUUUGACGCAGAACGCAUUCCUGAAUUGGUAUCAUUGUCUAUUAUAUUGACUACUCUGACAUUAUUAAUACGCACAAUUGUUCAGGGUAGUGCUUUCAAUCACUUCUAUCUAUGUCAUGCUAUAAAUGCGUUUCUUAUGUUUCUGCUAGGAAUAAUGGUCAUUGGUAGAUCUAACAUAAACGCUCUUCGUACAUAUUCGGACUACCUCUAUUACAUAACCCCUGCACCAAGCUGUUGUUCGCCGGCCAUUUUGUUUCCACGGGCGGGGGCGGUUACCAUAGUGACGCGACUUGAACCCAUGACAUGCAAGGCAGGAUUUGCCAAGGACUCCGCAAUUGAUCAGAUUGUAAAGGAAGAUCGUCUUCAAACGAGACUUGUACAGCCAAACCUGUUUCAGCACAUAGGACACUAUUCGUCAUUGAGAAAAGAUAUGCUCAACCCUUUUAUUGUGUAAUAACAGACGUUGUGUACUUAAAUAAUACUAGAAUGCUGAGAUAAUAAUUAUUGCCGUUUUGGAA